GGGAAUUCCAACAAAACACUCUUUACUCGGUCGCCAAAGAUAAACAAGAACUAACUAAACAGUCAACUUACUGCCCCAAUUGUAUCGAACCAAGUCUAAUGGCUCCGAUUACUGCUAACCAAAAAAGUCCUAAACCAGCUAAGUCUAAACCGAAAAAAAACACGGUGGCUUAUUACCAAUGCCUUAGUGCUUGCUGUCAAAAAGGGAUUAGCCCUAAAAAAAUAAGUCAAGUCGCUCAGGAAUGUAAGCAUAAUAGUUUAGGCAUUUUAGCCGAAAGAACCCAAGAAAUUAGCAAAUUAAAUCAGGCUUAUCAGCAAAUUGGG